AUGGCGCCGGUGGGCGGGGGCGGGCGCUCGGGCGGCGGGCCGGCCCGAGGGCGCCUCCUCCUGGUGGCGCCGGUGCUGCUGGUGCUGCUGUGGGCGCGGGGGGCCCGCGGCCAGGGCGACCCCCAGCGGGGCGCGAUCCUGGGCAUGAGGCUGGCGAGCUGCAACAAAUCGUGUGGGAUAAACUCGGAUGGCAUCAUCUUCGUGUCCGAGGGCAGCACGGUGAACCUGAGGCUGUACGGCCAGAGGCUGGGCUCCUUCUCCAGCAACCUGAUCUCCUUCACCGAGGUGGACAACGCCGAGACCAUCCACAACUCCACCAGCUGCCCCGAGCUCACCAAGGACCUGGUCGUCCAGAAGCUGGUCAACGUGAGCCGCGGGGACACGUCCGGGAUGCUGGUGGUGCUCACUAAGUUCCUCCGGAGGAGCGAGAGCAUGAAGCUGUAUGCGCUGUGCACCCGGGCCGGCGUGGACGGACCCUGGCAGAAGUGGACGGACAAGGACUCGCUGCUCUUCAUGGUGGAGGAGGCUGGGCGGUUCCUGCCCCUCUGGCUGCACAUCCUCCUCAUUUUGGUGCUGCUAGUGCUGUCGGGCAUAUUUUCUGGCCUCAAUCUGGGGCUUAUGGCCCUGGACCCCAUGGAGCUGCGCAUCGUGCAGAACUGCGGCACUCAGAAGGAGAGGCGCUAUGCCCGCAAGAUCGAGCCCAUCCGACGCAAGGGCAACUACUUGCUCUGCUCCCUGCUCCUGGGAAAUGUGCUGGUCAACACCUCCCUCACCAUCCUUGUAGAUAACCUCAUCGGGUCUGGGCUGGUGGCCGUGGCCUUCUCCACCAUAGGCAUUGUCAUCUUUGGGGAGAUUGUGCCUCAGGCCCUGUGCUCCCGACACGGGCUGGCUGUGGGCGCCAACACUAUCAUUCUCACCAAAUUCUUUAUGCUACUCACCUUCCCCCUCAGUUUCCCCAUCAGCAAGCUCCUGGACUUUUUCCUGGGUCAGGAGAUCCGCACCGUUUACAAUCGGGAGAAGCUGAUGGAGAUGUUGAAGGUGACGGAGCCCUAUAAUGACCUCGUGAAAGAGGAGUUGAACAUGAUCCAGGGUGCCCUGGAACUCCGGACCAAAACUGUGGAGGAUAUCAUGACCCAGCUCCAGGACUGCUUCAUGAUCCGGAACGAUGCCAUCCUGGACUUCAACACCAUGUCGGAGAUUAUGGAAAGCGGCUACACGCGCAUCCCCGUGUAUGAAGACGAGCAGUCCAACAUCGUAGAUAUUCUCUACGUCAAAGACUUGGCCUUCGUGGACCCCGAUGACUGCACCCCCCUCAAGACCAUCACCCGCUUCUACAACCACCCAGUGCACUUCGUCUUCCAUGAUACCAAGCUGGAUGCCAUGCUGGAGGAGUUCAAGAAGGGGAAGUCCCACCUGGCCAUCGUGCAGAAGGUGAACAACGAGGGUGAAGGUGACCCCUUCUACGAGGUGCUGGGCCUGGUCACCCUGGAGGACGUCAUCGAGGAGAUCAUCAAGUCCGAGAUCCUGGACGAGUCUGAUAUGUACACUGACAACCGAAGCCGGAAGCGGGUGUCUGAGAAGAACAAGCGUGACUUCUCAGCCUUCAAGGAUGCUGACAAUGAACUCAGAGUGAAAAUCUCACCUCAGCUACUUCUGGCUGCUCAUCGCUUCCUGUCCACGGAGGUUCCCCAGUUCAGCCCCUCUCUGAUAUCAGAGAAGAUACUGCUGCGGCUGCUCAAGUACCCAGACGUCAUUCAGGAGCUCAAGUUCGAUGAACACAACAAGUACUCCGCCCGCCAUUACCUGUACACCCGCAACAGGCCGGCCGACUACUUUAUCCUCAUCCUGCAGGGGAAGGUGGAGGUGGAGGCCGGGAAGGAGAACAUGAAGUUUGAGACGGGCGCCUUCUCCUACUACGGGACCAUGGCCCUGUCCUCGUGCCCCUCUGACCGCUCCCCGUCCCACCCCGCACCCCUCAGCCGCUCGGCCUCCCUCAGCUACCCGGACCGCUCAGAAACGGCGUCGAGCACAGCCCCCUUGGCAGGCAGCAGCAACCAGUUCGGCAGCUCCGUCCUGGGCCAGUACACCUCCGACUUCAGCGUCCGCGCGCUCAUGGACCUCCAGUACAUUAAGAUCACCCGGCAACAGUACCAGAAUGGGCUGCUGGCCUCACGCAUGGAGAACUGCCCCCAGUUCCCCCCGGAUGGGUGCACCAUCUGUACCGAGAACUUGACCCACAAGUCCGAGCUGCCCCUGGUGGACGAGACCACGACUCUCCUGAACGAGCACAACUCCUUGCUGCACAGAGCCUCCCUCGAGGCCGCCAUCUGACAGGAGGGCCCGGGGUCCCCCGCCAGCCCCGCGGGGGCCUCCCCAGUGGGCCCACACGAAGACAGGGAGCC